AUGUCUACAAUCGCCUCCCCUCGGGACCAUUCCACCUCCCGCCGCACGCCGACAUCCUCCAACCGCCCCUCUCUCGACAGCCAUCGCUCCAACGUGGGCUCGCCUGUCAUUACCCAAGGCCCGACCCAGCCGCCACCACAACCAGCGAAACGAGCCAAUCGAGCCGCAUUACGAGAAUACUACAAUCUCAGAUCCGCAUCUGGUCCUCCGAAGAUAGAGCUCCCCGAUUCCGAAGUGCCCGUCAGCGACAUCGAUGCACCCAACUUCGACGCCGACCGGUAUGUGCAAAAGGUCAUGGCCGAGAGCAGCCUCGCGGAGCUGCUGAGUCUCUAUGCGAGGGUUCUGGGCGAAGGGCGCGCAUUGGAUGCGGAGAAGAAGGCUCUCGUCUACGACAAUUACAGCAAACUAAUAUCUGCGACCGAGACGAUUCGUAAGAUGCGAUCGAGUAUGGAUCCAUUGAACCCCAUGGCGUCGACACUCGACCCUGCUAUUGCACAAAUAUACAGCCAGGCAUCUGCGUUCCGAGAUUCACUUAGAGAAUCCAUCCCUUCGCCAGAUUCCGAGGAGAUGAGGGCGCGGCGGACUGUGACGCGGCGGCGACGGACGGAGGAGCUCGCAGUCCAGUUAUUAGAGACCCCGGCGAGGAUACGGAGUUUGGUGAAGGAGGGUAAACUAGUGGAGGCGAGACGGCAGUGGCUGAUGCCUAGGAAGCUGCUGGUAUCUUGGAAAGAGCUGGGCGAGGGCGGGGAUGACGUGCAAGCCUGCAUCGAGGAAGGAGACGCGGCGUUGGAGUCCGCAGCCAAGUCAGAAACCACGAGGCCGUCCCCGGACGACAAUUAG